AUGGCUGAUUCAAUCGAUCUGUCUGCCAGCAGGCAAGCCAAUUUGUACGCAGCAGAUAUUAUCACAUUUUUCGCAGCUGUAGUAGCUGUGGGACUUCGCGUUUGGUCGCGGCGAGUUGCUGGUGCUGGCUUGUGGUUGGAUGAUCUUUUUAUUUGCAUAGCACUGGUUGGCGGUGUUGCGAUGAUGAUCAAUUUUUGUUGGUGGAUACCAAACGGAUUUGGUAAACACAUGGAGGCAUUUGGCCCAAAAGCGGAGUAUAAUUUCUUCUUGGGGUUCUUCAUGGCUGAAGUGAUAUACACUGUCAUCAUCGUCUUCGUCAAAUAUUCUAUUUUGGCCUUGUACUGGCGAGUCUUUCGAAGCACCAGUAUCAAAUGGCCAGUAGCAAUACUAGCGGCGAUUGUCACAUCUUGGGGAAUUGCAGUUCUUUUUCUGUCCAUUUUCACCUGCGUGCCUCCAAAAGGUUUCUGGGAUAAAGACAUCCACGCUUCUUGCAACGUCAAUAGCCAGCAAUUCCUGGUCGGCAUUUCGGUUCCUAAUAUCCUUACGGAUGUUGCUUUGCUUUUAUUACCAAUCCCGUAUGUUUUGCGAUUGAAUACUGCCUGGUCUCAAAAACGACUUUUGAUGGGCACGUUCUUACUUGGAGGAUUCGUCUGUAUAGCAUCAAUUAUGAGGUUGAUCAGUGUUUGGCAGCAGAAUUCGGUUUCGGAUUUUAGCUGGAACUGGGUGAACCAGGGGAUAUGGGCGGUGGUGGAGAGUAAUUUUGCAAUAGUAUCAGCUUGUCUCCCCACACUGCGCAUCGUAUGGGUGUGUCUAUUCAGGCGCAAGAAGAACGCAACAUCACCACCAUCCUCAGAUAGACCAGCGAUUUGGACAAUCGGAUCGGGGCCAAGCAAACAAAAUCGCAAAAGAAAGGGGGAGCUUACUCUCGGGGAAUCAAUGUCGACCGACUCAACGCACCCGUUCACAAGCUUACAUGAUGCUGAGGAAGGCAAUAUCUCGGUGGAUAAAGUGCAUGUGCGUUCAAGCAUAGAGGUACACUCAGAAAGGGAUACUAUGAGCUCUCCUUAUCGGGAGAACUUUAAUAUGGUUCCUUUGAAACGUUGAUAAGAAUCGUUAAAGAGAAGAACUCCUUCUUUUGCUUCAGGAAUUCCAAACAGAUUCAUUUCGAUUCAAAGCGUACGCGUCUUAAGAUCCAAACAUUUCACUAUCAAUGUAACUUCUGUUUAUCUGCUCUUAUGCUUUUAUUACUGUUCGAGCUAGAACCCAAACAUUCUGUACGCCAUCCAACACGUGUAAGUGUGGCUAGUAAUCAUUUUGUCGAGCAGCAGCAUGUCUUUGUCACAAAUUGUUCAAUACUCAUUUUUUUAUCGGCGCAGCAGGAUUUUGACAGCUACGUCAAUUCAGUGUAGUGUAUACAAAUACAACAAUGAUGAAGACGCUCUGCCACCCCAGAGCUUGCUAGAAUUCUGGAGUAGGGCUUGUUUCCAAUGGGGUGAUUUGGCUAGAGUAUAGCUGGCUCAAACAACACUCUGUCUGGCAAUGAAUAAUGGAAGCAGACUGUCUCCCAUAUUCCAAAUCCCGAUAGCUCUACCAAGUGUUUGUUCAGCAGGUCGUGCAACGUAGGAAGCGAGUCCAUUUCGGCUAUAGAAUGGGGACCGAUCCAGAAAGUGGGGCUGUUCGCGUCAAGAGAUAAAAGCUUUGUACUCUCCUACGUUAGUUUAAACAUCCAACUACCUUUCAGAGCACGCAAGAAAGAAUUUAAAGACUAAAAGUUCCACAAAGAUUCCGUGCGCAGAAUUAAUUUGUGUGACGCAUGCGAAAUUACUAGUUUGGGAUGUGUGAAUG